AUGGAGGUGGUCGAGUACAACCCGGAAGAGUGGAUCGAGACGGCGUCAGGCAACAAGGUCUCGAGAGCGUCGGUCCUCUGUGGCUCGCAAAACAUCAUCCUUAAUGGCAAGUCGCUGGUCCUCCCGGGCUCGAUCAUCCGUGGCGAUCUUGCGGCGGUUCGCAUCGGACGAUACUGUGUCAUUUCGGAUCGGGUCGUCCUUCGCCCGGCGUACAAGGCUCUGCCCAAGGGUCUCAACUACUUUCAGCUCUCGCUCGGCGACUGUGUGUAUGUGGGCAAGGAUGCUGUGGUAGAGGCAGCCUCUAUCGGCUCGCAUGUCAUCAUCGGCGAGGGCGCCAUCGUCUCCAAGCGUGCAGUCAUUCUCGACUGCUGCGAGAUCCUGCCCGGUGCGGUGGUGCCCGAGGACGCGGUCAUCCCGCCGUUUUCCAUCUACGGUGGAAACCCUGCGGUGCUGAUCGGCGAGCUGACCGAGGCCGCCCAGCGAGUUCACGAGGAGAAGGCCUUUGCCUGUUACGAGUCGUACGUGCCGGCCAAGGCGGCCGGCGUGUGA